AAGCCUCACAUUUGGUGGUGCACAGACGCCUUCAGCGUGUGGACAGUACCUGUGACCCGUGGCCCUCAUGCGAUGAUACGAGGAGCGGAUGUUCGGGCAGCCGUGCCGUCCGCCCGCGUGCGCCGCGCGGCACCAGAGCUGCCAGCCGGCCAUGGCCCGCCGGUCGCCAGUCGCCGUUGUCGCGGCUGCGGCUGCGCUGAUUGCCGCCGCGCUUUCCAGCUCGCAGCCUGGAUGGCUUGCGCCGCGCUUUGCGCUGAGGAGGGGCCGGCGGUGGACGUUAUCGCGGCCGCGCCGACGCUGGCUCCUUCGCCGACGCGCACCUCGGUGUUGCCUGGGGCGCCCGAACCGCUGGACGAGGAGAAAGCGCUACAGCGAGGGCGUUCGGUGGUUCAUGGAUGAGGAGAUGGAGAAGCCGCCCGACUGGCACGUCCUCCUGCUGGACAAGACGUUCGAGCAGAAGAAGAACACAGUGGCGCACGUUGCGGCGUGCAUCUCCGCCGUCGUCGGCCUGGCCACUGUGGUUGCCAUGCGGAAGACGCAGCACGCCAAGGCCUGCACCCCUCGCUGCAGACCACCGAGAAGUUCAGCGAGGCCGUCCGCGUCGCGCAGGCGCUGCAAGGCCGGGGACUCGUGGUGCGGGUCGCGCCCGGGGCGCGCCUGCCGCCCAGCGAGGAUGGACGGCUCGGGCGGCGCGGCCAGCGGCGAGGCCGCCGGCGGCGCCUCCAGCGCGCCAGGAGAGCUGCGACGAUGUAGUGAGCGCCGUGGCGCUGCCGAGUCCGGUGUUUGAGGCCUCUUAUCGCCCGUGCGCUUUGUUGGCCUGUCGCACUUCUCCAGAUCAUUGCCGCCAUGUGUGUAGCCAGUUGAGAGAAGGUGCCUUCUAACGGUCACGUGUCGGCGCCUUUUGAUGUGCGUGGAACAUCGCGGCUGGCAUCGACUAUGGUCCCUCUCUUUAUCAGCUUGCAGUCGGGUGAACUUCUGCCCUGGCUGGCUCCCUUAUGGGUGCAGUGAUAGGCUGGAUGCAGACAAUGGUACAGCAAUACUUCCACUACUAGAACCUUAGGUGCACGCAGCACUGGAUGCCACCUCUCCGGUCGAAGCGAUCGACGUGGUGAGCCCGUGCCCGCCAUGCGUUUUCGCUGCGCCCACUUGCUCACAGCUCCCUCCCCUCUCUCACCCCCCCUGCCCUCUCAUCUUCACCCUCCUCUCAGGCGCUGACUCCAGUCAUCCUGCCCUCCAUCCAGUUUUCGGUGGCGUGUCGGCGUGCGCCUGUGUACAGAGGCAGGUCGUGAAGCUCCUUCUGGAAAAGGGCCUGCUUCAUCCGAUCUCUCAGUAGCGUUGCCCUUGUUUUUUUCGCGCCCGCAGGUGUUAGGUGAGGAGAGCGCUCGCUAUGAA